AAAACCUUGUCAUGUUCAGAUUAUAUUAUUUUAAUCUAACCUGUAAAAUCUAUUUUAGGAAGGCAGUAUAGUAUAUCAUCCUCGGAAACAUACUCAGAAAGCAAAAUGAUACUAUAGCUGCAUGCUUGCAUUGCAUGUACGCCAGUUUCAAAGGUCAACGGGCUUUGUAUGAAAGAAAAUGCAGCACAAUAGUGUCAGGUGAUUCGGUAGAUCACGUGAUAUUGACGCUCAUAAUAAUAUCGUGGUCGAUAUGCUUUCUCAUGUGUGUUUAUGCAUACUACGUAGAUAGUGUACUUACUGGGUACUUCGUGUUUCUGAAUGCAGCGCCACAUGUGGAUAAGAUGAUGGAUCCCAUCUUUGUGAAACGCAUGCUGCUUUUGUUCUGUAUUAUUGCAUCUACUCAUGGUAAACAGUGUGGACAAGUGGAUGAUAAUCAUCGAUUCGACUGCCACCCAGAGUUGGAUGCAUCUAAGCAGAAAUGUGAAGCACGGGGUUGCUGCUGGGCUCCGGGGAAGUCUCCGGCACGGGACCCCGCUGUUGACGCGAAGUUUGAUGUGCCGUACUGUUACUAUCCACUUGAUUAUCCGGGUUAUAUCAAUGGAGUGCCAACCCCUACCGAGUAUGGCUUCACUGUCAAUCUUACGAGAACUACAAAAAGUUAUUAUCCGAAGGAUGUUAUGAAUUUGAAGAUGGACGUACUGUAUGAAACUGAUAGCCGUCUUCACAUCAAGAUUUAUGAUGCUGAUCGUAGGAGGUUUGAGGUACCUAUCCAGACACCACCUUUCACAUCAAAGGCAGGGAAUCCUAUGUACGACGUGCAGCUAGCAUCAACUUCCGGUUUCACUGUUACCAGAAAGACCAGUAAAGAAGUGGUUUUCAACACCACCAUCAAUCCAGGGUUCAUUUUCUGCGACCAGUUCAUCCAGAUCUCCUCGUCUCUCUCGUCCUCGUACAUCUACGGACUUGGGGAGCAUCGUAGCAGUCUGGCGCUGCCAAUAGACUGGCGGAGGUUCACCUUCUGGGCCAGAGAUCAAUCCCCAAGUCCAAACAUCAACCUUUAUGGCGUUCAUCCACUUUACUACAACCUGGAACCGAAUGGAGAUACUCAUGGAGUGUUUCUCUUGAAUAGCAAUGCUAUGGAUGCAAUUCUUCAGCCAGCCCCAGCCAUAACAUACAGAACAAUUGGUGGAAUUCUAGACUUCUACAUCUUCCUUGGCGAUGACCCCAUCGAUGUGGUUAAGCAAUACCAGGAUGUCGUGGGGAAUCCAUUCAUGCCGCCUCUGUGGGCAUUGGGUUUCCACCUCUGCCGCUGGGGAUACAACUCAGUAAAUGGCACUAUGGCUGUUGUAGAAAGAAUGAGGGAAGCGUCGAUUCCCCAGGAUGUGCAGUGGAAUGACAUUGAUUACAUGGAAGGAGAGAAAGAUUUCACCCUGAACCCUACCACGUACAACAAUUUGACCAAGUUGGUUGCAGACCUGCAUGCUAGUGGCCUUCAUUAUGUCCCCAUUUUUGAUCCAGCAAUAAGCAGUUCUCAAUCGCCCGGUAGCUAUCCGCCUUAUGAUACAGGUGUCACUGACAAUAUCUUCACGAAGGCUGAUGACGGAAGUAUCUUCAUCGGUAAAGUAUGGCCAGGAGACACGGCUUAUCCUGACUGGUUCCAUCCUAAUGCGACACGCUGGUGGCAGACACUUGCAGGGAAGUUCCACAAUGCAGUCGAUUUUGAUGGCAUGUGGCUUGACAUGAACGAACCCUCCAAUUUUGUAGAUGGAAGACUACCAGGCGGCUGUUCAACCAAUAGCACUUAUGACAAUCCUCCAUAUGUACCCGGAGUUGGGGGUAAUUCUUUAUAUUCCAAGACCUUGUGCCCAUCUGCACGUCAACAUGCUGGUCUUCAUUACGAUGUCCACAGUUUAUAUGGACUUUCUGAGGUCAGAGUCUCCUACAUGACUUUGACAAACAUUCAAAAGAAGCGUCCAUUCAUCAUCUCCCGUUCCACCUUUCCGUCGUCUGGGAGAUACGCUGGCCACUGGUUGGGGGACAAUGUUAGUGAAUGGCCAGAGAUGCAUGCUUCCAUCAUAGGUAUACUAAAUUUCAAUAUGUUUGGAAUCCCAAUGGUAGGAGCCGACAUCUGUGGUUUUGGUGGCAACACAACAGAGGAACUUUGCACACGCUGGAUGCAGUUAGGAGCUUUCUAUCCGUUCUCGCGGAACCACAAUAGUCUUGGCAUGGUAGACCAGGACCCAGCUGUAUUCAGUAAGGCCAGCCAGGAUUCCAGCAGGGAUGCUCUGCUAAAUCGCUACUCUAUCAUACCUUUUCUUUACACAUGGUUUCAAAUGGGCAAUGCCAAUGGCAGUAUGAUGGCUCGGCCACUCUUUUUCGACUUCCCCUAUGAGCCAGCUCUCUAUGACAUUGAUACCCAGUUCAUGCUUGGCGAGGAGCUACUGGUCAGUCCUGUCCUCACAGAGGGCGCCACCACGGUUAAUGCAACAUUCCCUCCUGGACGCUGGUACAGCAAUGAUGCAACCAUCACGGGGGAACCACCAAUGACAUUCACCAAGACAACAUCUGUGGUUCUGGACGCUCCCUUAAACAAGAUCAACCUUCACUUUAGGGGAGGUUUCGUCGUCCCCACGAUGAUUCCUCAACAGACCACCACCAAGAUGGUAGAGAACCCCUUGAUGAUCUUACUCAUCUGUUUGGACGUAGACGGAACGGCUAAGGGUCACAUGUACUGGGAUGAUGGCGAGUCCAUCGGGUCAUUUGAAAAUGGACAUUAUACAUGGUGGAGCUUCAGUGCCAAGAACAACGAGAUGAUGUCAACGAUUGACCAUGACGGCUUUGAAGGGUCGUCCAAGAUGAGCUUCUUCGGGUUUCUCGUUGAAGGGGUAUCGACCAAGCCCACCCAGGUCACCGCCAAUGGCCAGACGUGUCAGUUUGAAUAUUUGCAAACUUCUCAAAUUCUUGAUAUUACCUGUCCAAAAAUGCCUUUUAACAAACCAGUGACAUUGAAGUGGAGCUAGGAACAUUUGAUAAACUUUUAGUUCCUCCAGAUUUGUUGUAGUAAGAUAUGUUCAUGAUUUUAUGUGAUUGGUUUCUAUGCUCAUGUUUGUUACCUUUAUUCGAGAUUUUCAUAAAGGCAAGAAUGCCGAUUACCCUAUGUAAACCUACGAGUCUGGUGUAAGGUUCAAGUUUACAAAGGACUACG